AUGUCUCAAAGUCCCUCUUUUGCUAUUCAUACAUUAUCACCUGUUGUUGUCGAUUUGAACCAACCACAACAACUAACACGUGAAGUGUCUAGGUGGAGUAAACCUCGAAUGCGUGUUGAUUAUAAUUUUUCGUUUUGGGUGUCACCAUCUAUUACUGAUGACAUUCUUGAUAAAGAAAUAGAAGAAGAGGAGUUUGAGAAUGAUAUAUUUGAGUCGCUUCUUGAUGUUAUAGUUGAUGGAAUUGAUGAAGAAGAGGAAGAGGAGGAGGCGGAGGAGUUUGCAAAUGAUAUAUCUGAGUCGAUUCUUGAUGAUAGAGUGGAUGAAAUCGAUGAAGAAAUAGAAGAAGAGGAAGAGGAGGAGGAGGAGGUGGAGGAGUUUGCGAAUGAUAUAGCUGAGUUGAUUCUUGAUGACAGAGUUGAUGAAAUCGAUGAAGAAAUAGAAAAAGAGGAAGAGGAGGAGGCAAGGAAGUUGACAAAAAUUGAUGAAGAAGAGGAAGUGGAGGAGUUUGAGAAAGAUAUAUUUGAGUCAACUCUUGAUGACAGAGUUGAAGGCGAAGAGGAAGAGAAGGAGGCGGAGAAGUUUGCAAAUGAUAUAUCUGAGUCGAUUCUUGAUGAUAGAGUUGAUGAAAUCGAUGAACAAAAGAAGAAGAGAAGGAGGAGGAAGUUGAUGAAAUCGAUGAAAAAGAGGGAGAGCAUGAGCUUGAGAAUGGUACAUUUGAGUCGAUUCUUGAUAAAAGAGUUGGUGAAGUCGAUGGAAGAGGAAGAGGAGGAGAUGGAGGAGUUUGCAAGUGACAUCUAUGAGUCGCUUCUUAAUGUUAGAGUUGAUGAAAUUAAUGAAGAAGGGGAGGAGGCGGAAGAAUUUGUAAAUGAUAUAUCUGAGUCGAUUCUUGAUGAUAGAGUUAAUGAAAUCGAUGAACAAAUAGAAGAAGAGGAAAAAGAGGAGGAGGUGGAGGAGUUUCCGAAUGAUCUGAGUCAAUUCUUGAUGAUAAAGUUGAUGAAAUCGACGAAGAAAUAG